CUGAUUUUUCUUUUAAAGUGGAUUAAUAAUCAGAUUAAUUAAUGUUUAGAGAGAAAAAAAAAAUGUUCUUUUCACUACAGCCUCCUGUUGAUGUUGGUUGCCACAGUGAUUGAGACUUGAAAGCGCCCAUCUUUUCAUGUCUAUUGACAUUGAUAGUUGAUAUAUCACUUGGCUUGUUCAUGUCUUCUUUUGACCCUUUCCCUCAUCCUCCUCCAUUUCUCAUCCACCCUUUUCUUUAUCAUUGUCAAGCACUGUGUUGACUGUUGAACAAGUAUACUAAAGUUUCAGCUUCAGAGAAAGAGUGCUAUACACAGAGAGAGAAAGAGAGAAUUGAUGGGUUCUCUAGGAGAUGAAACUACAAAGAACAAGGCAAUGUGGCUCUAUCCUAAAGUUCUGGGAUUUAAUCCACCUGAAAGAUGGGGGCACUCUGCUUGCUACUCUCAUGGAGUUGUUUAUGUUUUUGGGGGUUGUUGUGGUGGUUUGCAUUUCAGUGAUGUUCUCAUGUUAAAUCUAGAUACAAUGUCUUGGAACAUUCUGGCAAGUACCGGCCAAGGACCUGGGCCGAGAGACAGCCACAGUGCUGUUCUCGUGGGGCGCCAGAUGUUUGUGUUUGGAGGCACAAAUGGCUCUAAGAAAGUAAAUGAUCUUCAUGUAUUAGACCUUGUUACCAAAGAGUGGAUUCGCCCUGAAUGUAAAGGAACUCCCCCGUGCCCUCGCGAAAGUCACACUGCAACGCUUAUUGGUGAUGACAGGAUAAUGAUAUUUGGGGGUAGUGGAGAAGGAGAAGCAAAUUAUUUGAACGAUUUGCACAUUUUAGACCUUAAGACUAUGAGGUGGAGUUCUCCUGAGGUGAAGGGAGAUAUUCCUGUUCCCAGGGACAGCCACGGAGCUGUCACAGUAGGUAAAGGACUUUUUGUUUAUGGUGGUGAUUGCGGCGACAGAUAUCACGGUGAUGUCGAUGUGCUUGAUACUGACACACUGACUUGGACGAAGCUUACUGUUCGAGGAUGUUCGCCAGGCGUUAGAGCAGGUCAUGCUGUUGUGAACAUUGGGAAUAAGUUUUAUGUCAUUGGUGGGGUUGGGGAUAAACAUUAUUACAAUGAUGUUUGGGUCCUUGACGCGGUAACUGGUUCGUGGACUCAGCUUGAUGUAUGUGGCCUGCCACCCCAAGGGCGGUUUUCUCACACUGCUGUCGUUACAGACUCCGAUAUUGCCAUCUAUGGAGGGUGCGGAGAGGAUGAACGUCCUCUCAACGAGUUGCUGGUCUUGCAGCUUGGAGCGGAGGAUCCUGAUGGUCGUUGCAAUACUUCCAUGUGCAAGAUUUUUGGAAAACAAUGGAACCAAGAGAAGGGGAGAUCCCCUCGGAGAGUAGAAAAUAACUCGAGAAGUAUCUUUUUGGGAAGUGAUAAAAUAAUCAGAAAGGGAGCUCAUGAGCCACAAUUAGAAACAAAACAAGCCUUUUGGCUCAGUUCAGAUGCUCGAUAUACAAAGAGGAAAAGAACCGCGAGCUCAAAGUCAUGGGAUGUUGAAUCAGAACAAGAGGAACAUUCGCUUUCACUCUCCCAACAUUCAUCACCUUCACAAUCCGAUCAAGAGCAGACCCCAGUUAGAAAAGCUGCAGAUUCCAUGACAGCUGCUCAAGGAUUCAAUUUAUUUAAGCAGUUAAAUCAAAUUCCAAGAGAUUGCCAAUCUAAUCAUCUCCAUAUUUCAAGAGAGCAAAGAAAACCAGAACAAUGUGUUCCUGUUGUUGAUACAGGCAGACAAGGAAGGCCUUAUCCUGCAACACUGGAGGACAAACCUAAAGAUGGAGUGUCUGUUCAAAACCUGAUUGGUGCUGAGGUUCGCGGCAGGGUUGAUGGAGCUUUCGACUCGGGUCUUUUAGUGACUGCAACUGUUAAUGGGAAGAUCUUCAGAGGAGUCUUGUUUUCACCUGGACCUGAAGUUAUAUCAAGAGGUGCAAUUCUAGCUCAAAAUCAUGCACUUCCAGCAAACCACAUUGUCAAUGUUCAACAAUUUUCUAACUCAAAUCACAUAGAAACCACAAAGCCUUUCCGACAAACAACAAUAUUCCCCUCGCCAGAACCCGGCCAGAGUUACCAGCAGACUCAGAUGACUAGAACACAACCAGUAAUCAGAGCUGCUCCAUCAUUAGGCAAAGAACCUAAGCUGAUGAGAAGUGAUCUUCAAGGAGUUGAUCUAACACUGGGAGGACCUGCAACUGCAAGUAGCCAUGUUGGACAAAUUUGAAGGCUUAAAGCAUGUUAAUUUUCUUCUCCCAUGUACAUCCAAAGCUCUUUUUUUUUUUUUUUUUUUUUGGAGAUGUGUUGCGAGAGUUUUAGGCUUUGAAGACUUGGGUCAAUUCAUCUGAUAUGAAGUCUUUUGUCUUGUUGUGCUAAUUUAUCAGUUGAAAUGCAAGUCAGUCAAUGUAAUAUUAUGAGCUUUAGUGACAAUCUUUAAUCUUUUUCAUCAAUAUAUUGAGGUCUCAGCUUUCUUAUUGAUA